AUGUUUUCCACUACAAAUAAAAAUCCCUACGUUUUCCACAAAGAAAAUAAUCCUUUCUCACAAUCCCAAUUCCCCGGCCAGGUAAGCAAAAAGGUGUGUCAGGUGCGAGAAGUGACUUCCCUUCUCGCUAAGUCAGGUGUACAAUUAUCGCUUGGACAUGUUAGACAGAUAAAAAUUAUGAAUAUGUUACAGAAUUUUAUUAUCCUCUUCAUGAUUGGCUGUGUUGGUUGUGUGACCCAGCCACCAAUUAUGUUGUCUUAUCCAAAGACAAGAGUUCCGUUCAAGGAUGGGGAGACUGUGAGUUUGCUAUGUGUCGCAACAGGUGACCCUCAACCAACGUAUCGUUGGGUUAAAGAUGGUGACAAGUUUGACUCCAGUGGUUUUGAUGAUCGAUGGGUAAUGAUACCUAAUUCUGGGAAUCUUGUCUGCAAUAAACCCGAGAAGAAGGAUGUUGGGUUGUAUCAGUGUUUUGCCAGCAAUGCCCACGGGGUAGCAAUGUCCUUGAUGUACGAUUUGAGACAGGCUUUUUUGGAUGAUUUUGCUAAAGAGAAAUCCCAAACGAUUCAAGUAUCACUUGGGCAUCCUGUCAAAUUGAAUUGUAUUGAACCAAGUAGUUUUCCUGAUGCUGUCAUGUUUUGGGUUCUCAAAUAUAAAGAUGGCGGAUUUGAAGCUAUUGAUUAUGAUGACCGGGUUACGAUGGAUCUUGAAGGUCGUCUAAUUAUAACCAACGUUGAAAAAAAAGAUUAUCAAAAUGGACGGGCAUAUGCGUGUAUGGCAAUGAAUACAUUUGUGCGGACAAAUACACAAGGAAAGGAAUAUUACAUUAUUCCAACUGGAUCCCAGGCUGCUGAGAUGGAACCUAGACGGAUGUGGGCUUCCCCAAGUGAAUUGUCAUUUGAGUUGGGUGAAACUGCCCGAAUGAAAUGUAUAUGGGUAGGCAAUCCGACUCCUGAAGUUUUUUGGACGCGAAAUAAUCAACAAUUAUCUGAUUCAAAAUAUCAGCUGUACAGUUUUGGACAAGAACUACGAAUUAAUAACCUUCAAUUUGAGGAUGCUGGAAACUAUGAAUGCUCUGGCCGAAAUAAACUGACCCAAACAAGUCCAAAUUACAAGAUAUUCGUUUCUGUCUACUCCAAACCUCAGUGGAUACGCAAACCCCAGAAUGUAGAAUCCAGUGUUGGAGGAUCAGCAACAUUUAUCUGUGAUGCAGAGAGUCAACCAAGCCCUGAUGUUCGCCAAUGGUUCAUAGAUGGUGUAUUGACCAGCAAGAAAAAUCUUGACGUGAAUAAAUAUUUUAUUAGCAGUACCAACCUGACAAUCGUAAAUCUCAUCAAGGAAGAUGCCAUGACAAUCCAAUGCAACAUCAGUAAUAAAUAUGGAUACGUCUUUACUAAUGCCUACCUAAAUGUCUUGGAGGAGAAGCCCGAGUUUGUGAAGGCCCCUGAAGCCCAAAUGAAAGCAUCUGAGGGGCAAAAUACCAAUUUAAGUUGCCAAACUGCUGGACAACCCAAACCACAGGUCCUUUGGUACAAAGAUGGAAAACAGAUUACAGGUGGACGUUAUAGGACACUAAGCAAUGGGGACUUGUAUAUACAGAAUCUCGUGGUUGCAGAUGCAGGGGAUUAUUCUUGUAUUGCCAAAAAUCGAUAUGGAGAAGUGUCAGGAUCUGGUCGAUUGAUUAUAAGACGACAAACCCGUAUUGAACAAGUUCCUCUGGAUUUGGAAGCAAAUGCUGGAACCGAUGCCAAAUUUACAUGUGCUGGAACAACUGAUCCAAUGGAGGUGUCUAAACUUACCAUCACUUGGCUUAAAGAUGACAAACCAAUCACAACAGGUGAACAGAGAAUGGCACAGAAUUUUCAAGACAACUCCUUAACAAUUAGUGGAAUAACAAUUCGAGAUGCAGGUAGAUACACAUGUGUCGCUUCAAAUGGCCUGGAUGAAGCCAGGGCCUCUGCAAUGUUGACUGUUAGAGCCAAACCAGAAUCUCCAAGUUCUGUGAAAGUUCAAUUCUGGAAGAGAGGUUAUAAAGAAGAGACAUUCCAGGAUUAUUCCUUUUAUUUAGACACGACUCCCUUCUAUGGCCGCAGCCGUCGUUCAACUGGACCCCCAAUUUCACUCAACCUACAACACCUUUAUCCCAAUUCACGAAUUGAAGUUCAAGUUUUAGUAAUGAACACUUAUUAUGUGAGUCGACCCAGUGAUAUGGUGAGCUUUGAAACAUUUGAAGGAGUGCCAGGACCAGUUCCAUUUUUGAUUGCAUCAGUUCGAGGUUCCAACCAUUUUCUUUUGAAAUGGGACAAACCAACUGAUUCUAAUGGUGUGAUCACAGGUUAUGAUAUUGCUUUUCAAACAGUAAUUGGUCUGAACCUUGGAAAAAUGAGGGAUAGAGAACCGCAGAUUCAUGAACCAGAAUUAAAACAAAUCCGGUUGAGUGGAUUGAAAUCGUUUCAACUGUAUCGUGUCUAUAUCUGGGCCCGCACCAGAAUUGGACGAGGAGAACCCUAUUAUAUUGAUGUGGCUACCACGAAACCUGGAGUUCCCAAUGCACCGACAUUCAGUUUUGUCCACAUUGACUACACCUAUGUCAAUAUCAGCUGGCCUAUUCACAAAAACACGGACUUGCAUGGAAGUGUCUAUUAUGUCGAGUUUCGAAAGGAAGGAGCAUCUGAUUGGCAGCAAUCUACUGAUGAAUCCGUUCUUUCUUGGAAGAAAAUAGCAAAUUUAGAAACCGGAACCUCAUAUGAAUUUCGAUUGGUGGCCACAAAUGGACAAGAAACGCGACCCAGUGCAAUUCAGGUGGCAACAACCCAUGGCUAUUUUGUUGGUUUUGCUGGUACAAGUGCUUGGCUUUAUGGAAUGUUGGUAGCGUUGUUGAUAAUUAUUUGUGCAGCAAUUAUCCUCUUUGUCACAAGAAAGAAAAUUGCUGAAAGAAGACAAAAGUCUUAUCAGAAAAAUAUGCGAGCCUCCAAAACAAAUGUUGGAAAUGCACCUGAAUUUGAAGACGAACGGGGUUAUAAUAAUGACUAUCAUGAUGGGAGACGCCGUUUUCAACCAAUUCCUAAGGAAGACCCUGAUUUUGACAGAUUCAAUGACAGCUUCAAGAAAAGUCAAAGUACCAUUACCCCUGAAGCAGACAACCUGCCACCCAGUUACAAUGAUGUCAAGGGAUAUGACGACCAUCACUAUAAGAAUGAUCGCCAAUAUGACGAUCGAUAUUAUGACCAAGAAGGCUAUGAUGACCAAUAUUAUGAUGAACAUGGCGAAUAUGAUCCGAACUAUGAGUAUCCAGAAUACGACGAUCAAUAUGAAGGUCAUUAUGAAGACUAUGAUUAUCGAUACAAUAGCAAAAAUGACGUCCACUAUGAAGAGCCUGUUCCUUCCAAGAAGAAAGAAUAUCUCGAUUGGGGUGAAGCAUCUGGUACUAAUGACACGUGUGUGUGA